ACUGGUAGGUUAAGAAUGUAUGACAUUACAAGAUGUGUAGCAGGUUUUGAUACAUAUAGCGGGUAUUGGGUGGCCGGGUGGGCGGCGGGCGGCAGGGAGGGUGGCAGCUGCAGUAUUAACAAGGUGGCGGGCAGGUCUAGACUCAAACUCAUCAUGAAGGCCCUGCUAGUCGUGGCUACUCUGGUGGUGGUCUUCUCUGUCUUCAACCGAGUUGAUGGACAGACAGAUACCACCCUCGGCAAGGGACCCAAAGUUACCCAAAGGGUUUUCUUUGAUAUUUCAAUUGGUGGAGUGUUAAAGGGCACUGUGGUGAUUGGUGUCUUUGGAAACACUGUUGAAAGGACUGCAAAUAAUUUUGUUGAGCUAGCACAGCGGCCUGAAGGCCAGGGCUACAAGGGAUCAAUCUUCCAUCGGGUGAUAAAAGAUUUCAUGAUCCAGGGUGGUGACUUUACUAAAGGAGAUGGUACAGGUGGACGCAGUAUCUAUGGAGAGCGGUUUGCAGAUGAAAACUUCAAGCUGAAGCACUAUGGUGCAGGUUGGCUCUCUAUGGCUAAUGCUGGGAAAGAUACUAACGGUUCUCAGUUCUUCAUCACUACUAAGAAGACCCCCUGGCUUGAUGGAAAGCAUGUAGUAUUUGGCAAGGUUUUGUCUGGCAUGGGGAUCAUCCGUGAAAUUGAGAAUACUCCAACAGAUGGUCGGGAUCGCCCAGUGGCAGAAGUGAAGAUAGUAGACUCGCGUGCUGAGGCCUUAUCUGAACCCUUUGAAUCUGUUUUAAAAGAUAGUACUCCUGAUGAUGCAUAGUGAAUGUUGUGUACUUGUUCAAUGAGAUAAGUUUGACAUUUUACUUUACUUAAAAAUAUUGCACAAUUGAAACUAGUGCAAAAGUUGCUUAUGAAUUUGUACUAGAAAAUGCAAUAAAUUUUUCUACAAGUAA